AUGCCAACGGUCCUGUCUCCUGCUUCCCGACAAGCCUACGCUGUCGUGUUGGCCUUGAUGGUUUCUCUUCUUUUUAUCAGUGCUGCCGACGCGGAGGAAAUCGUCAUUGGUGUUCUGGACGGCUCCCACAAACUGACGACGGAGGACAUCAAGAAUGGAUUUAAAGAGAACGAUAAAAAUUUCAUUAAUUCCUGUGGUAAAUUCGACGUACAUGGUGACAAAUUCGUAUUGAUAAUUGAGAUGGGAAAAUUCGCAGACUAUCUUAUCCCCCAAAAGGGCGUUCAUCUCUGUGACCUUCUUACCAGCCCGACGAGAGAACAAAAGUAUCUCUACGCCCCGCAGGACCCUCGAGACGCCACGUGGGAUGGACACACCUUCCCUGUCACACCGUCCAUCUACGAGGAUGCGUUGGGCGGAUCCGCAGAAGGCUAUGUCAACGCUGAGCGAAGUACACUAUCGUUCUGGGGUGACAACGGGAGCAACGAUAACCACACGGGAGGCUGCUGCGCGCUGAUGCCCGGUCAGAAUGCCGCUUGGUAUCGGCCGUACCGCCUGUUAUUCUCUCCGAAGGAACCUGCAAUGUAUCUUGCCUGGGGUACAAAGCCAACGGUUGCUGUUCCUAACGUUCCAGUGGUAUUUGAAGUCAACCUGUGGAACAUGCGAAGUGAGCCAGUUCUUGAAAAUGUCACAUUUAAUAUU